UGUGCGCGAUUUGCAGCAUGGCGCCAAUGGCGCGGUUGUGUUGCUGCGUGACCACCCACGGGUGCACACAGGCUGUCUGCAGUUUGCACGCCAAGGAACUACGUGGUUCGUGCGACGUAGCUAAAAUGACAGUAUAUGAAAGUGGCCCGCAGUCUUCCACUGCUCGACCCGAAGCGUUAAAGCGGCGUUGGGAAGAGUGUCGGUCAUCAUAGUCGACAGCAAGGCUAGCAAAACCAGAGUUGGUCUCCAACAUCGACUCGGAACCAACUUAGCCAUGGGCUGCUGGGAGGACAUGAUGCGAGCUGUUAGGGAGAUGGGGGACCCCGACGAGCUUGCCAACAGCGAAAGCCUUGUCCUGUUGAAGCUGGAGAAGCCGUUGCCAAGUGACCGUGCCAUCCCCCAGCAGCUGACAGCCAAUGCCAGCCGUUCUGUGCUCACGACCGACCAGGAAGGUCUUGCAGGCUGCCGAAGCUUUCUCAAUAAGCAGUGCUAUUCCACAGUGCUCUUUGCCGGUCUACCCUCGCUGAGGUCAACGAAGAGCUUCCUCGCGGCUGCAAAGGACAUUGUCGGGAAGGCACAGGAGCUGAUCAUCGUGCACAACAGGGACCUGGUAGCAGACCUGAUGUCCUGGUUCUCCAAGGUGACUAGGUUGAUCCUGUACCACGACCUGAUGCUGCAGAUGGAGAGCUCAGACCACGUGCGGGAGAUGGCACGCGCAUCGCGCCUCUGCCAGCUCUGGGGCACCACACCGGCAGUCGGCACCGAAGGGCUCUUCCUUUGCCCUCUCACGCUCACCACACUGGUUGCAAACUGUCCCACGCUGUCAGAAAUCCAGGCACCACUGGACGAGAUUGUGAAGCGUGUAGACCAGUUUCGGAUGCACUCACCGCAUCCAGUGCCCCUGUUCAGCGAAUGCCAGGAGCUGACACUGGGCUCCCACUUCCAACGGCCGAAUCGCAAUGCCAUCAUGAUGAGUGAUGCAAGCCUGGCUUGCAUCAGGAAGGCACUCGAACAGUAUCCCCACCUCGAACAGCUGCAGGUGACGACAACAUCCCGGAAAGUCCUUACCUGCAUCACGGGGUUCUCUCGGUUGAAGCGCAUUAACAUAAUGUACGCCGCCCAAGGUGGGAUGUGCCCUUUCGACCCUUACAUCACCAAGAUGCUGCGAGCGCUGCCCCUGACGCACGUGACGCUAAAGUAUUUCGAAGGGGCACAUCUGUCGACCAUUGCCCGCACCUGCGAGAACCUCGAGUGCCUCUCCCUGCUGGGCUGCAACAUUUGCGACGAGAAGAUUCAACCCGGCAUGUUUUCGAAACUGAAGUCGCUCGAGAUCAGCGACUCCAUCAUGGACAAUGCUUUCUUCACCCUCCUGAACGUCGCUGAGGGCCUGACUAACCUUCACCUCGAUGGCGAGUGGAUCAUCUCGGCGUACGUCGGCGGGCCGCCCGACAUCUCGCACCCACGGCCCAUCCAUCCGGCCAUGGAGGAGCUCACCCUCGCGACAGACUGGACGCUGCCACAAUUGUGCGUGGUGCCCGAGGAAGUGCGCAGGAUGGUCGAGUCGAUGCCGGCGCUCAAGCGGCUGAGCACUGACAGCUACGACAUCCGCCUGUGCGUGCAGAACUACUACCCGCGCGUGACGGUGGCGUGGACAACAUGCACGACCUGCACGGCCGAGUUCCCAAAGGUUGACGUAAUGCAGCACGAAAUCUGGCGCAUAGCACACUGUGAUGAGGAAGACAGAGAGUAGCCGUGAAAAAGCAUUGUGCUCUUCAUUGAGAUUAUUGGGCUUGUGUCAAAUCAUGGCAGAAUCUUAAUUGACGAAGAUGAUAAACAGCGUCAUGGGAGCGUUGCUGAUCAUUGUGCAAACACCUCCACAACAGUGCACAGGGGUUUGGUGCCAUGCAGAUUGAUGUCAUGCGUAGCACGCAGUAAGCAAGCAGGGGACUGAACGCCCCUCUUGAAGCCUUCUGGUGUCCAUUUGUGUGAAAAGCCUUUGUGUGCUUAAGCAUGGAAACAUGGGCAUCGCACCAUUGAUGUGAACUGCUGAUGGUUCAGGAAACAUCAGCACAGUGCAAGGCAGCAAUCUUAUGCACAGACCAAGGAACUGAAAGAAAAGUGCUCUUCAUUACUCUGUUAAUUGAGCCUGUGCUUUGAAAGUGUAGGAGUCACUAUUCUUCUGGAUGGCAAGCAGCAUCAAGGAAUCAUUGCACACCAUUAUGGCAAGUGUCUGUAUAGUUGCUUCCGUGAGGCAUAUUGCAAGAGGUAUGGAACUGCUUCGACAGUGAAAGUGUAACGAGUGUCCAACAAUCAGGGGCGGGUGUCUCAACAAAAACAGGAUAUCCUACAUGGCCUGCUCACACAAUUGUGUUCCUGGAGGCUGGUGCACAGGACAUUUUCCAGAUCUCGUAGUAGUGUACGGUAGCUGAGAAGAGUAUUAGUGCCUCCGCCCAAAACUCUGUAGUUCUUGUCCCGAGUUGCAAGCCAAGCUCUCGGCAAGGUCAUCCUCAAAAACAGAUACUUAUAACCAGCUGAAGGAGAGAAUCAUGGAUGAAUUGCUGAUGAUGUGUGAAGGGCUGACAAUGUGUAGCAUGUCACUUGAUGAAAUUGACAAAGCCACUGGGGGAGGGGGGGGGCGAUCACGAUCUGUAGGGGUGUGCAAAUAGCGAAAUUUUCUAAUACAAAUUGAAUACAAAUACUUAUUCAAAUAUUAAAUCGAAUAAUGAUGUGCA